AUGGCCGACUUGGAUCAGGGCAGUGCCGAGCUGGGCGUGCCGUCGCCGAUUGUGGCGGUGGCGAGGCAUGAACAUGAGGCUGUGCAAAGCACCAACGAUGAUGCUACGCUGGCGAAAUGGUGCGGUGAGCCGCACGGCGCAGCAGACGUGCAGAAAACGCCGACCACAUGCGGGUCUCAUCCUGCUGUGCUGUCGUGCGCGGUGCGCCGAGGAUACUGGGCUGAUCCUUACGUCUCUCUCUUUGCCGCUGGCAUGAAGACACAUCCUUGUUCGCCCCUGAUCCAUCGAGGAUACUUUGUGCGGGUUCAAGCGGUGGAGCGAACUGUGCGCAGCUUCAUCGCCCAACACGGCGCACAGGCGCAAAUUCUAAGUCUUGGAGCAGGCUUUGACACACUCUUUUUCCGCCUCAUGAAUGAUAACGUCACUCUGCGGCGUUAUGUGGAAGUGGACUUUCCCGCAGUGGUGGAGAAGAAGCGCCAAAUUUGCUCCAGCAAGGCCCCGUUGCGCUCGGUUCUCUCUGAUCUUGCCUCGCCCUCUGAGGUAGCCUCUCUGCUUGAUCGCGGCCGCCUUGACCCCGGGUUGCCUUUGUUGGUCAUAUCUGAAUGUGUCCUCGUUUACAUGGCCCCUGAGGCAGUGGCCAACCUCAUUCAAUGGACCAGCUCAACGUUUGACCUGGCUUACUGGCUGGACUAUGAGCCGGUUUGUGGCGUAAAUCAACCUGCCUGGGCAGAUUUCCUGUUUUAUCUCAUGAAUCGGGACAUGGACGGAUCGUCUGUUUCCAAUAGAUGA